UACGGUUCUGCUCCAGACUGCUCCUUGAUGUUCUGAAGAUUCGUCAAUAUCAGCAGUUUAGAAGCUCCCUAAAUCCUCCCACAGAAACUAACUACACAGUAAUAACGCUCCCAUAUAUUCCAUAACAAGUUUUUACCAUGAAAUAAACAUUUUUCAACCCCCACCAUGUAUCAUUUAGUUAGACUUAAGGUUUAACAAUCAAUCUAUUCAAUCAGAAACUAUUUAGUUGAAAAUUAAUUUUUUUUCAUUAUUAAAAUCUAUUAACGUAUACAUCAAUUGUUUUCUUCAUUUAUCCCUUUAUUAAAAACAAAAUUUAAAAAAAUGUUUUUUAGCCUCCGAUGCCUGAGUGUAGAGUUAGGGUCAUAGAAGAGGCUUAUAGGAAGCUUGAUAAAUCAGGAGAUGGUGUUGUUACCAUUGAGGAUCUCAAGGGAGUCUAUGAUGUCAAGAACCAUCCUAAAUAUUUGAAUGGUGACUGUACUGAAGAAGAAUUGUAUCUCAAGUUCUUAAACAACUUUGAGACCAACGGUAUAACCGAAGAGGUUGGUGUUCAGAAAGAUGGAAAGAUCACUAAAGAAGAGUUUAUCGACUACUAUCGUGGAGUAAGUGCCUCAGUUGAUCUGGAUGCAUAUUUCGAUCUGAUGAUCAGAAAUGCAUGGAAACUUUAAUUCAAGUCAUCUUCAGUACACUGACAUAUUAUCAUACACAAGUGCUAAGGAUCAAUUCCAUUUUAAUCCGGAAAUGGAUCUGUUUCCGCAAUUUUUUUUGGAUUGAUCAUGGUUAGAAAUAAGAAGCGUUUUUCCAAUCAUUUAUUAGUCAACACCUGAGACUUGUAUCUUUUUGGUUUAUAUUUUGCCACCUUAUUCCGUAUCCGUAGAUCCCAAUAUCUUUGUGGAUCCGGAUCCGGAACCAAGGAGCCAAAAUAUUGCAGAUCCGGAUCCUAAGCACUAACAUACACAAACUGCACAUUUAUUGCAAUUUUACUUUAAAUAUGUUUGUUGAAAACUUAUCCUUUUAAAUAAAAAAUGUCCAUUUUAA